UAUUCAUCGAAGAAAACGUAGUUUUAACACAGAGAUAAAAAUGGUUUAGAGUAUUACAUAUUUUGGUCCUAGAACCUGAACAAAUUGGAAAACGGAUGUUUUUUAUUAUUCUGCAUUUUUACAUUUGAUUGGGAAUGUUUAUUACAUUUUGCAGAAAUACCAAAAUAAAUACAAUUUAGUGAACCACUAGAGAAUGCAUGGGGUGUGUAAAGGGGGGGGGGGUGUCUAAGGAGGGCAAAUUUGACCGCUGCUCAGCUAGCCCACAAUCCCAGGUCAGGCCGGCAGAACUUGACCGCUCCUUGCUAGCCCGCAAUCACAGGGCAGCCCUGCAGAUCUUGACCGCUGAAAAUGCUAUGAUAACCGUCCGCUAACCCACGCGAAAUCUGACCGUCAACCCGAUAAUAAGCCUUAACUGUGAACAUAUAAUUAGUGUGUUACACACAACCAACUUAAUAAGACCUUAAUUAUGUCUGUAAAAUUCUUCCAAGAAGAAUCAGACUGCAUCCAAGAUGUAACCAAAGAAUUGGAUGUUCUUGAUAUUUCAAGAAAGGAGUUUGAGGACGAGGAUUCUGAGCUUGAAUGUCCUAUUUGCUACACUCAAUGUAUGCCACCAAGGAUUCCUCGAUGUGAAAACGGGCAUCUGAUCUGCUAUUUAUGCAAAUGCAAGCUGACCAGCAGCCUGUGUCCUAUCUGCAGGGCAGAGUUUGUACUUAACCGUCCUCUGGUGGCUGAAGCGGUUGCAAAGCUGAUUCCUUUCCCGUGUAAGAAUGCCAAGUUGGGUUGCCCUCAACAGCUACCGUGGAAAACUAGGCAGAAACACGAAGAGAAAUGCUCGUAUCAAAGUUUUUUCUGUCCGUUGCUGACCUGCCCUGGCGCAGCUGGAUCUAUUGAACUACUCAAGCAACAUGUAAACCAGUCACACAAGCUUGGCCCACGUCACGGACAGCUCAGCGUUUAUAAAAACUCGUUUGCUAGUUUCAGCACAUACCUCUCACCAAAGGUUGAUAUGAUGGCCACCCAGGAUUUAAGAUUUUUCUGGUGGGAACCUCAGAUGUUUGUUUAUGAAUUUGCAUGUUUUCUCAUGUGCUUCAGAGAGGUGGAUAAUCAGAACAAAGGCCACUAUUACUUCUGGCUCUGGAUGGCGGCAACACCAUCUCAAUUAAAGGAUUUCAAGUAUAGAAUCUGUAUUGAAGAUCCUACUCCUGCUACCCCCAGAGAUCCUGAAUAUACGAUCGGUAGUUCACCAGAACAGGAUCGAUCUAUCCUCCUGGUCGACUACCUAUCUACCCCUGUCAGUCUCCAGGCCUCCAUCCAGGAUAUACAAGACCAGAACCUCUGCCUCAAACUCGAUGAUCAUGAUGUUCAACGUCUUCUGUCUGAUGGAGGACCUAACUGCAAUCCCGGUUGUGACGAGGGUUGCCAGUGUCUGAAGUAUAGUGUUCUAGUUCGGAAAGAACCUAGAUCGAAAAUCGGCGGCAAUGUAACUCCGGUCCAGUAAUCAGAAAUCUAUUGAAAUCGUCCUAGUAUUAUAAAAAUGUGAUUUUUUGUACAAUUUGAUAUAAAUGUAAUAACAAAGUUUA